GUAAAUUUUGAAACGAUAAAAUAUUCUGUUUACAGUCAUCAGAAUUUUUCGAUCCAUAGAGGAGGGCUUUUUAAAUUUUUGGUUUGGCACUCACCCCGCGUAGCAACGUCUCUAUCUCUAUUGUUGCGCGCGCCUCGAUUCGCGCGGUCCGAUGUAAUACGCAAGUCCGUAGUCGUAUUCCGGUGCAGCUGCGACGGGAAGUUUUUUACGAAGGGCAGUUCAAGAUCACAAACGUUUUUACCCCUGACGUGUUUAAAUAAAAGGUUGUUACAUUACACAGCUGUGAAUAUGGUGUGGUCGACAAUAUACGAUGGCAAAACAGAGUCGGGGUCCGCUGAGAAGCCGGGCAUGCAAAUGGCGGCGGCGGACGUGGGCUCGCACCUCGAGCAUAUGUGCAGCCUCGACAUCGACUCCAAGGCCAGCUAUGUCCGCCUCUCCGGUAUCAUCUGCACCAUCGGGCCGGCUUCCCGUGAUGUAGCAAUGCUGGAGAAGAUGAUGGAGACGGGCAUGAAUGUCGCUCGUAUGAACUUCUCUCACGGUUCCCACGAGUACCACGCUGAAACUAUCAAGAACUGCCGCGAAGCUGAGAAGAACUACAGCGCGAAGCUCGGUGUACCUUUCUCUCUAGCUAUAGCACUAGAUACUAAAGGCCCCGAAAUUAGAACAGGCCUGCUUGAAGGUGGUGGUUCGGCUGAAGUGGAAUUAAAGAAAGGGGAGACCAUCAAACUGACGACAAACCCGGCUUACCAAGAAAAGGGCACCGCGGCCAUGAUCUUUGUCGACUAUAAGAACAUCACCGGCGUCGUGAAGCCAGGGAACAAGAUCUUCAUUGAUGAUGGACUGAUCUCUGUCAUCUGCCAGUCCUCUACUGCGGAUACCCUCGUCUGCACCAUAGAGAAUGGAGGUAUGCUGGGGUCCAGGAAGGGUGUGAACCUGCCUGGUCUGCCAGUCGACCUGCCCGCCGUGUCUGAGAAGGACAAGUCUGAUCUGCUCUUCGGUGUGGAACAAGGCGUGGACAUGAUCUUCGCAUCGUUCAUCCGCAAUGGCGCUGCGCUGACGGAGAUCCGCGGCAUCCUCGGUGAGAAGGGCAAGAACAUCAAGAUCAUUUCCAAGAUUGAGAACCACCAGGGCAUGGUCAACCUUGACGAGAUCAUCGCGGCAUCCGACGGUAUAAUGGUGGCACGUGGAGACCUUGGUAUCGAAAUCCCUCCUGAAAAAGUGUUCCUCGCACAGAAGACGAUGAUCGCUCGUUGUAACCAAGUGGGUAAGCCAGUGAUCUGCGCGACUCAAAUGUUAGAAUCGAUGGUGAAGAAGCCGCGGCCGACGCGUGCGGAGACAUCAGAUGUGGCCAACGCCAUCCUGGACGGUGCGGACUGCGUCAUGUUGUCCGGUGAGACGGCGAAGGGCGACUACCCGCUAGAGUGCGUUCUCACCAUGGCCAACAUCUGCAAGGAGGCCGAGGCUGCUAUAUGGCAUCGCCAGCUCUUCACGGACCUCGUCGCUCAGGUUAAAGGUCCGAUCGAGCCGGCUCACUCUCUGGCGAUAGCGGCAGUGGAGGCGUCUAGCAAGUGCAUGGCGUCCGCCAUCGUGGUGAUCACCACCAGCGGCCGCUCCGCCCACCUGCUCAGCAAGUACCGCCCGCGCUGCCCAGUCAUCGCCGUCACCAGACACCCGCAGACCGCGCGACAGGCACAUCUCUACCGCGGCGUGCUGCCGCUCGUAUACAAAGAGGCGGCGGCGAGCGACUGGCUGAAGGACGUGGACCUGCGCGUGCAGUUCGGGCUGCAGUUCGGGAGACAGCGCGGCUUCAUCCGGCGCGGGGACCAGGUCAUCGUCGUCACCGGCUGGCGCCAGGGCUCCGGAUACACCAACACCAUGCGCAUCAUCCCCGUUGUGGACUAAGAUGUGAAAGUUGCAGCAUAUUUCUCCCCAAGUAUUAGUGCAGAUUAGCAGUGAUAUAUAAUGAUCUAAAACAAGAAUAACUGUUGAUAUAUGUAUACAUUAAAAUAUAUCUACUUUAUUUAUUAGAGAAGAGAGUAUUGUGUAUUUGUGGGUUCGAUUAAAAAUGUGCAGAAUUACAUAUAA